GAUAUUCUAAAGGCACUUUUAGAUGAAAUUGAAUUGCGCGAAGCACACGAGUCAUCUACGACGAACACGUCAAAACGAGAAGGAAGGAAAUCACAGUUUCUAGAUGGAUCGGCGACUGCUCUUGUGAAUCAUACCACCAGGGAAGGGAAACCAAGAUGCUUAUAUUGUUUACAAGAACAUUUAUCACAAAAUUGUAAGAAAAUUCAGGAUGCUGGUGAGCGUAAACAGAUACUUCGUAAGUACGGACGGUGUUUUAUAUGUUUAAAAAGAGGACAUAUUAGUAGUAAUUGUUUAAAUACGAGUAAAUGUAAUGCAUGCAGUAAACGACAUCAUAGUUCUAUUUGUGAGAGCCAUGCUAAUGGGUCUAUAACCGCUGACGUCGUUCAUUCCACACAUUCGUGCGUUGGGUCAGCAAAUAGAGUAGCAUUGCACACAGCUCAGGCUUUGGUGAUGGGAGGAAAGGAGAAUGUGAGAGUGCGGGUUAUGUUUGACUCAGGAAGUCAACGGUCAUUCGUUACGGGCAAGGUAGCUCAGAAGGCAGGAGUGGCAGUAAAGAGGAAAGAAUGGGUAGAAAUUAGAACGUUCGGACAGGAGAAAGUUGAAGGGAAGUUGAGAGAAGUGCUUGAAUUGAGUGUAGCCCCAGUACAAGGGGGAGAGAGUGUUAACAUUGAAGUUUAUGGAGUAGACAGCAUUUCACAGAUUAGGAAUGAGCAUGUAGAGACAAGGAAGAAAGAUUACCCACAUUUGCAAGAGUUAUGGUUUUCCGAUGUUUGUAAGACCAAGAAUGUGUUAGAAAUAGAGUUACUAAUCGGCGCAGAUUAUUUGUGGUUAUUUCAAGAAGGGCGUACGGUUAGGGGCAAGAGUGAUGAACCUGUUGCGGUACAAACCAAAUUAGGAUGGGUGUUGUCAGGUUCACUGAAGAGUAGCUCUGAAGAUGAUGAUGGUCCUACAUCGUGUGCACAGGUAAGUGUAAACCUUAUUGGGCAUGUAACUUCAUCGAAGAAUAGGUCCCUUGAAGCAUGUGUUGAAAAAUUAUGGGAUUAUGAAACGUUAGGUAUAAAGCAUGAAGAAGAAGCUAGUGAGUUAUUAAAUGAUUCAAUACAUUUCAAUGGCCAACGAUAUAGUCUAAGUUUACCUUGGAAGGAAGGGCAUAGUUUAUUGCCAUCUAAUUAUAGCUGUAGCGUGCAGAGAUUAAAGGGACAGCUUUUAAGAUUAAAGAAGGAGCCAGAAGGUUUACAAGAGUAUGAUAGAGUAAUUAAAGAACAGUUAGAGCUAGGUAUUAUAGAACCAGUUGUAGAGUUAGAGAGAGCUGAUAAGAUCCAUUAUUUACCACAUCAUGCUGUGGUUCGUAAAGAUGCAAAGACCACUAAGGUCAGGGUUGUGUAUGAUGCAUCGAGUAAAGAGACUAAGAAGGGUGUAUCUUUAAAUGACUGCUUGCAUGUUGGGCCACCUCUAUCCCCAUUGUUGUAUCACAUUAUAUUGCGUUUUAGAGAAAAGCGAAUAGCGCUUGUAGCAGAUAUAGAGAAGGCUUUUUUAAAUAUUGAAAUUGACCCGUGUGACAGAGAUUGUUUGAGAUUUCUUUGGGUGGGCAACAUACAUGAAGAUGAGGUGAAGCCAGUAGAGUAUAGAUUUUGUAGAGUUGUUUUUGGUGUGAACUGUUCACCAUUUUUGCUGAAUGCCACACUUCAACACCAUCUGGACCGCUUUUCGAAGGGUAAUCCUGAAUUGACUCGAAAGUUGAAGGACGGCUUUUAUGUUGAUGAUCUG